GGUGAGUACAAUAUUACAUUGUUUUUAAUUUUCAUGUAGACAUAAUUACAAUAGAGAAUAAAAUGAACAAUAAAAUUAAAUAUAAUUAUAUUGCAUAGCUGAAUAUUAUUACAAAAGUAAUUUUUACGAUAAUAGCAAAAUUUGUUGUAUUGUAAUUUUCUUAAAAUUAUAUUUUAUUUUUUUGAAAUAAGUGAUUAGAUAUUUUUACAUAAGUGAGACAAAAAUAGAAUAUUACAUAUUAGUAAAUCUUAACGUAUUCUUUUUGCGUUUCAAAGCUAUAUUGUACUAUAAUUUAUCAUAUAUCAGAUUUAAGAACAUGUUUAUCUUUUAGGUUAGCAAUAAGUUUUAUUUUUUGCGAUGUAGUUAAUCCCGUUGGAUUUUGGCAGACAUUCAUUAUUGUUUUUAGCGCUACGAUCAUUGUUUCUUUUACACGGUAUUGUUAUUUUAAACGCAUGAUUUUAAGCGUUGCAUAAUUUUGCGUCUAAUAUUUUUGCAAUCUUUCAAGAAAUAAGAAAAUAUACGUAGCUUCAAAUUGUAUAAUUUACAUUAUGAUGUUGAAUUUGCAAAGGCAAUUGCGUAACGGUAAUUUCCUUGAAAUAAUUAACAAAUUAUUAUCUAUUAUUUUAAAACAAAAAGAAAACAGUUUCUAUUUAUGAAUAUUAACGCUAUUAUUAUUAUUAAUGCUUUAUCGAUAUAUAUUUAUUUUACAACAUAUAUCUUCUAUAUUUCACUGAUAUUCUCCGUCGAAAUCGAAGGUACCGUUAACUGAUCGGCAUCGGUGAGCAUCGUUCUUCUUUGGUUCACGCACGUGCAGUCAGAGACACGCCCGUUGACGUUUACAUUCGCUUGUAAAUAAAGAGCGCCUUGCUUUCGGUUGCUGCAAAUAGUCUUAAUACACGCAAUAAAAUAUAAGCAAGAAAAUAUAUGCGUAACCAUGCGAUUAAAUUACCAACAGAUAGAAAUCAAAUACUAAGCUAUUUAUUUCACGAGAUUUUUUCUAUCCUCAACUCAUAUUAGUACAUUAGAGUGCAGAAGUUGUAUCGUCCAAAACAAUUCUAUAUAAUUAUUAUUUUGUACUACGACUUGUACUCACGUCAAUAAAUUUCAAACUCAUGAUAUGAAAUUUCGAAAAAUUAUCAACAAUAUAUUCAAACUUCGAAAAUAUCAAUGAUAUUAAAAAGAUAAGAAAGAAAAAUCAGAUUUUAUAAUCAAACAUGAUAACCAUGAUGCAUGAUUGUUCGAAAUGUUGGAACAAUUCCCGGUUGAUGGCAUAGUUUCGAUUCGUUCGACACACGUCCCUAAGAACUAGACACACGUUCGAUGACCAUACAUGUUCAUCCCAAUGACCGGGACCAUACGUGGCGUCCCACAUAUUCACAGUUCCAUCCUACUACCAUAGCGAGGCCGCACCAACGGUAUCGGAACGACUCAUUAAAAAUUUAUACGAUGUCCUUGACUUUUUCUCGAUGAUUUUUGUUCUUCUGUUCAAUUGAUUUAUCGUUAAUAAUCUACGUGUACAAUUCGAAUCAAGAUUGUAUCGAAUUAUUGCGAAUAUUAUCAACGAUUAUCAACGAUAAAUAAUUUUUUUUUGAUCUUUUUUUUUUUUUUUCAGUUAUUUGAACUUUAAAUUUUAACAACGAGAACUCGUUCAAGAACGAAAUUAUGCGCGGAAUAAUUGUGUAAUAAUCCAGCUAGCAUAAUACAAUUGCUAUGUAUCGUGUCAUUCACAUGCGUCAUAUUUAUUCUUAUAUUCAUACGUAUACCGUACAUAGUUUUAAUCUUACAUUACAUACAUAUGUUAUCCAUGAAUAGAAUGAAUGUAAUAUUUUUCAUGGUCAUCGAUGAUAUAGAAUCUACAACUUUUCCAAGUGUUCGUAAACUACUUUUGUUCCAGCAGAUGUAUAUCUAUAGCAUUUCAUUAUGUGUUAAUAAAUUAAUUACCGACAUUAAAUCAAUUCUUUUUAACUCAAUUCUAUUUCAUAAAUUUAUUCCAUUAAAUGUGAAAACAAAGGAACAAAAAUUUCUUUCCUCUUUUAUACGUAAUUUUAGUAAUGGUGUACGCAAAUAGAAACGAAUUACGAUGAUUUCAUUAGAAUUAAUUUAAAUGUAAUUCUCUUUGAUGAGUCGCAAGAAAGAAACGCACGAAAAGAUUAUAUUGUUGAAACAUGUAUGUGGAUACAUUGUUAUCGAUGCUAUUACUAAUUUCAUAAAGAUAAGCUUUUCUUAUAUCUAUUUGAUAAUCCAUGUAUAUUCUGCGUGAUGUUAAAUAAAUAUAUUUAAAGUAUUUUUGGUAAAAUUUUGAAAAAUCAAUGUGCAGUACAUUAUUACUCACAUUAACACUUCUGCAAAUAUUUGAUAAACGGAAAUAUUUAAAGAAUAAAAAUAUUAGUUAAUCUACAGACGAGCAAUGGAAUAUUGCAUAAUUAUCGAUUAUUACGACGAUUGCAAAGUCACUAGGGUCAUAAGUAUUUACGGUGUGUAAGUUGUUCACCAAGCAUAUCGGCAACAAGUUAUUCAGCGAACUCGGUUAACGCAAAGAAUCUUAUACGCAAGGACAAGCCGCACCUUGUAAUGCAAACUAUAGACUCAAUUCAUAAAAAUUGUUUUUCCGUGUUUGAGAAAGUAUAGUCCAUUAUUAGAUUAUUUCAUUUUGAAUUUUUCGUUGACAAUUUAUAUUUUCGAUAUUAAUCUUUGAAUUUUGUAACGUGUGCAUUAUUGUUGCAAUCUAAUCUCUUGAGUUUUAACAUUAUUUCUACUUCACAUUAUGUUUAGAGACGAUUGUCUAAACAAUCUACUUGAAUUGCAAUAACCUGUUUGCAUUAUUCAUCUUUAGUUUUUUGUUUCUUCUUUAUGGAAUGAUGCAAAUCAAUAAAAGUGUAAUUUAUGUAAUAAAAUACACACGCGACUCAAAUAUAAGCAUGCAAAAAAGUUUGAGAAUGUUAGAAGAAAUAUUUAGAAUACAAAAUAUGACGAUACGAUGCGAAUUUUACGGUUUUUUUUCUUUUUUUUUUUUUUUUUUAUAAAAGUAACUUAAAAUAACUGUUGUACCAGAUAAUUCAGUGAAACGUGUAUUCAUAUAUGAAUAGUCAUUAUUUUAACCAUAAAUAUAUAACCUUAUUUAACGCGAUUUACAUUGCUAAUUAUACAGCUAUUUCUAUAGCCGGUAUAUGUGUUUUCAUCGUGAUUAUAUGAAUGUGAUAGGAUCGUUGGCUCAUUGAAGUUGCUUAAUUGUUCAACAAAUCGUAAUAUUACAACAAAUAGAUUUUUAGAUAAAAAAAAAAAAAAAAGAUUUCCAUCAUAACCGAACGAUAGUCUUUUAAAUAGAAAGAAAUUACAACAUCUCGCAAAGUAGCGUAAAUCCUGAUAGUUUGCCAAUUUGAAUGAGUGAAACGAGCAUGGAACGUAUCAAUUUAUGCGAAUCGAUCAAUGUUUCUUUUUUUUUUUUCUUUUUUUUUUAUGAUUCUCGAUUUCCGGCAUUGUUGUUACAAAAAAUGAAAAACAAAAUUAUUCAUUUCUCGGAAUUUACGAGUCCAAAUAUCAGAGAGAAUUAAAUUCGUAGAUAAAAUGGGCUAAUCUCGCGUUGUCGAUUACAAAAGUGUUAUUUCUGGAAAGAUUGGAUCAAGCGUGGGACAUCCGAAGUGAUCGUCGUCUUAAAGAGUACACUUACAUCAUCUUCAACAUGGAUUUAUAAAAAUUUAUCUCGUUGAUUCAGUCAAUGCCUCAUCAUAGCGGUAAAUGGUCGUGGCUGUUGGUUUAAAUUGGGAAUUGAUGUCUCGAGAGUUUUGAUCUUCGUGCGAAUAGAAUCAUUUUUCUUUUAUAAAUCUUGAAUUAGACCACGCGAUUUAAAAGUUUUUUUUUUUAAUUAAUUUCGAUUAAUCGUGAAACAACGAUUAUAACUUUUUAAAUUAUUAUUAGCGCAAAGGAUUUCUUUAAAUUAUCUCAACCUCGACUAACCAAGCAGUUUUCUGCAUGCUGCAGAUAGCUAACAUGAUCACAUUUCACGUGGAUGGGAAGACUCCUGUUACUACUGCAAUUCUGCAUCCGUUUAUAUUCUUUUAUCAUUGCUUCGUUUUCAUUUUAUAUCCUACGUUUAUUUUAUAUCCUACGUUUAUUUUAUAUUCUAUAUUCUCGAUAGACACAAAAUGUGUAACUCUUAGUAAAUCUGAUUCAUACCAUUCUAAUUCCUUCUUUAAUUACACAUACGAUUAUUCAAUAAUGAAAAGUUGGAUCUCUUGAAUAUUUAAUAUUUAGAGUUUAGAUAGAUUUCCUUCAAAAUAUUUCUUGAUCUCACUUCCUUUCAAUUUUUAAUUACAUACGUUGUCGAGCGGACAAGUAUGUAUAUUAAAAGUGGCACGCUAAGGUUACAUGCAGAUCAUUCCCCUACCAUGAAUAAUAGUAUAAGCUAAUAGUAGAACCUCGACCUAUAUUUCCUAACAGCUACUUAUCCUCCGUAAAGUUAUUUUAGGAAUCAUCGUUAUUCCACUUCUCUCGUACGAAUGAUGAACAAAUUUAAUAAUAAUAAUAAUAAUGAACGAAAAAAUCUAAACUGUUUUCAAAAGUUAUACGAGUCGUUCGAACGAUGUCCAACUAAUGUUAUUAAAUUGUAUAGAUUGUUUGUGUGGGUUAUUCGAUGUUAGGAAUUCUCAGUUGAAUGUUUAUCGCGGCCGACGACGUUUUCAAACGGUGAAAGUGAAAUUCUUCCUUCGGAACACGGUUUCAGCGUUCCAAUUCUUCGCACUUUCGCGCCCGUUCACCCUUUCAUGCAUUCCUGUCUCUCUUAUAAUACAUUAUUAUGCAUAUUUGAAUUUCGUAGAUCAGAUAUAAGGGGAUGAUCAGGUAUGGGAAGAUGGAUUGACACAACUAUUAUAUUUUAUAAUAGAUAAUAAAAAAUGUCACGAUAUAAGAUGCUCUUAGCAAAUAUUCGUGAUAAAUUAUAAUUAGAGUACGAAUUAAAUAUAAAAUUUUAAAAAUAUUUUUCAAAUGUGACAAUGCAUACACUAUAUCUCAUCUUUUUAUAUGUAAUUUUUGCGUAAAUAUUUGCAGUAUAAUUACACAAAUAUUUAUUGAGUCCAUUCUUCUGAAAUUCGCCCUCCUUUUAAACAUAACUUUAUGAGAUGACCGAUACUCGUAAUGCUCGUUUAUAUUUCGACGAUUGAACCCGGUUGAUACGAUAAAGUUUGAUCGAUGUUUGUUAUGUUCCAAACAGUAGUAAAGAGGAAGUCGAAAUGUCGAAGAAAAGAGUUAAGUAUAAGCACGGCUGGACGGUGAUCGACGAAAAUAUCGAAAAUGUGGAACGCGUGAGGCUCGAUCCCGAGAUGCAGCGAGAACUGGGUUGUUUAGUUGGCGAACACGUGUUUCUGGAAUAUCCGUGGGCAUAUGUCGACCGAGACGUCAUCGCAAAAUUCGCUAAAUUGUCGGAUUCGUCGUUGGCACCUUUUCGAGAAAUAAUCGAUAUUUACGAAGCUGACACAUUUCUCGUCGGCUAUUCAUCCACUCAGUUAAAUUCCGACGAUUUCGUGAUUUGCCUCACCGAAAAAGCGAAACGCCUUAUUCGGGAACGGAACAAGGCCAUCGCCGGUAUUAUCUCGCGCAAAGUUAUCGGCAGAGUAAUAAAAACCGCAAGACCGUGGAACUCGUUGGGCAGCGACACGGAAGUGGACGAAAAUUUCGUGAGGAAUGGGAGAGAACUUUUCGAGAUAGAAAUCGUAUUGCCUGGGAGAAUGUUAAACGCCCGUCGAACGUUAAGCGACAGAGGUGCAAGUGAUUCCAGGGACAGUUACAUGCAGCUGGUAAACGAAGACGAGAAAUUCGAAAACAUCGAAAGAAAAUGCAUCAGUAAAGCUAGUCAAACUUGUUUACAAUCUCGAGAAACGUUUGUUCAAACGUGUCCCACAUUUCCUAAAAAUGCCUGGACUCAAUACGUCCACGAAGACAUUCUGAAGGAGACACCUGUUGUCGAGGAGAGGAAACAAUUGAACGAGGAAUCGGAACGAAAUAACGAUAAUCGAUCACAAGCAAAAGAUGUCGAUCAGAGCGAAGAUAUAGAGGACGAGAAGCCGAAGGAAAGGACACCUUUGGAAUUAUUUUUGGAAGCUCGUUCCCAAGAAAUGAUCGAUGUUAUUAAAUACAACGCGGCUGUUAAUUUGUACGUAGACGAUAUCGAAGGUUUAUCCAAACAAGAACGAAAAAUUUCAACGAUCGAGGUGGCCACGCUUUCCGAACAAGCAUCGUUCAUCGAUCUAAGUCUCACGGGCAGCAGAGCAAUUUCGGAUAUUUCUUUGCAUUCGAAAUUCAAAGAGCACGUGGCAAUCUCCUACAUCACCACUUCGAAUCGUACUUUAAAAACGGAAUGCUUGAGCGAAGGUGAAUUUCAGACGAGAGUGCUUAUCUGGAGAUUAAACGAUCCUCUCCGUCCGCAUCUUGCACUUGAAGAUCACAGAGAAAUUUAUUCCGUUUCCUUUUGCCCGUGCAACGGCGAUUACGUGAUAGGAGGUUGUUCCACCGGACAAGUGAUUAUUUGGAAUAUCAACGAUUAUUUGAACAAUAUUUCCGAUAACGAAACUGUCAAAUUUAGAGGGGAGCAAAACAACUUGCCAGUCCUUCGGCCAACCGUUGUUUCUCACAAGCAUCACUCUCAUCGCUUGCCUAUUCGAAAGAUCCGAUGGAUACCCGCCAAAUACAGAAUAGAGCCAAAUGGAAACUUGACAAGAUCAUCCAUUACCUCUAACAUGGUGUUUCUAACUGUCUCUGAAGAUGGCGCAGUGAUCGUUUGGAACGUUUGUUUUCGACCGAGGCGAAUCGUCGAUAGCGAGGAUUUCGACGAACCUCUUCACCCGAUUUUCCGUUUAAAAAUUCCUACUUUUACCGAGAGCUCGCAGUCCUUUACUCCUCUAUGCUUCUCUCUUGACGAGCGGAAUGAAAAUCAAUCGGAUGGAAACGACUCGGAGAGCGAAGAUUUUAGAAAAUAUUUAUGGAUAGGUUGUGCGGAGGGAUUGAUAAAGUGCAAGUGGGGGGAGCGAGCGUACGAGGGAAAUUUAACGGACACGAUAGAUUGUAACAUUUUAAAUUGCUCGUAUGUGCAUAAUGGUCCCGUUAUAGAGAUCGCGCGAUCCUCGCAUGUCCGAGACGUGCUCUUGUCGAUCGGUGGACAGGUGUUUGCCAUUUGGAACGACGAUCAUAUGGAUUCCCCUUUAUUUUGGAGAAGAACCUCCUCUCGGUACACGAGCUGUUGCUGGGCCAAUGAACCUGGUGUAUUCCUUCUCGGUGGCGAGGACGGCAAUGUCGAAAUGUGGAACAUAAACAAUGACUCGAACGAGCCGAUAUUCACGCAAGUCGUGUCUUCGAGAUCGGUUACUUGUUUAAUCCUGUUGCCAUUAUUCCGCGGUGUGAAAAUGAUCGGCGCCGGUGACCACGGCGGCUUGUUUCGUGCGUUCGAAGAGCCCGAAAUUUGUCGCGGCAACGUCGCAGCGGAAAGAAUGGAUUGGUUCGAGGAGUACGCGUGGAGAGAGACGCGAAGGAAAAAACUUUUCGCCAGUUGGCAGAAUGAUUUUCUCGCUAACGAUCCGCUCGUAGUGGCGAAGAGAUCGGCUAGGCGUGACGAAGAACGCGAAAGAAAGGCAAAAGAAGCGAGGGAGAAGGUUCGAAGGGAACAACAGGCGCGUUUGAGGCUCGAAGCCGAGGAAAGAGCGCGAAGUGCACCGGUUCCGAAAGACGUUGCAUGGAGGUCGAGGGAGUUCGACAGAAUGAAACAAGUUCUGUUGGAUAAAAAAAGGAUUGUUCCCACUGAGCUCGAGGCGAAAAGGGCUGUUUUCGUUACUACGAAAGCAGAAAGGGAUGCGAAAUUGGAAAAAGUUCGAAACAGAAUUGCUCAUAGGGACGAAUAUUUUCUUAAUGCGAUAUCCGUCGAAUUUCCCAUACUUUCUGAAUCGAAGAUAGAGAGUUCGGAAUUGGAGAAAUCCACUCCGAUAGAAGUUGGAAAAUCGAUCGAAGAUUACCUUGAAAAAUUCGACGAAAUACGGCGUAAAGCUAAGGAAAUGUUAACGAAUAAUUUCGCUUCUUAAAUUCUCUUUUUUAAAUGUAGAUACUUAUAUAUAAUACGAAACUUAAGAAAAA